AUGGGCAAGAAGGAUCCUGUUCCCGAUGCAUGGGACGACGAGGAUUGGGAGGCGCAAGCCGACAAGCUCGACUCCCAGCCCCAGCAGCCCAACCCUCAGGCACCACUGAGUAAGGCAGAGCGUCUUGCGCGGCACGCCGAGUCGAAUCGCAAGUUGUGGGAAGAAGCUGACGCUCCGGCGCCCAUGAACUUCCUCGACUCGCAACCCGCCGUCCCACUGGCCUCCGGUUUCAAGCCCCAGGUCAAAGUACUUAGCCGCAAGCCUGCGCCCCAGAUGAUCGCCCGCCGCGACCCCGUCACCGGAGUCUCUCAGCUGUCCCUCGCCGACGACGACGCAGACGACAAGCCCGAGAAGAAGCCGCAGCUCACACCGGAGGAGAACAGAGCCAGGCAGCAGCGCGAAUUCGAGGAGAAGCAGCGCAGGUACGAGGAGGCCCGCGCUAGGCUUUUUGGGGAGUCGAACCCCUCGUCUGGCGCCUCGAGCCCGGGGGCUGUCACGCCGCCUAGAGGGUCUGGCGAUGGCGGCAGAGGAAACCAACGCGGCAGGGGACGAGGGCGAGGAGGGGCCCACAGAGGCAAUUCGAGCAGGCAGGAGGACAGCAGACGGCCCGGCAGUAGGCAUGACGUGGGUCGGUCCGACAGCGGCCGAGAGCUCUUCGAUCCCAGCUACUCGCCGAGAGGCGGUGGUGUCUCCCUGCAAAGACGCGGCGGCGAUUCUGGCCAGCAGUCUGGACAAUCGACUCCCAGGGACGACAAUCAACCGAAACAGGCUAUUCGAGCACCACGUGGACCAGAUGGGAGUGGGAGAGGUGGUUUUGGCUUUGCCAAACGAGGCACCAAGGAAGGUUGA